AUGGUUGGCAUUGUUGAAGGGUAUAUUGUCCCUGCGCAACAAUAUGCUUUGUUGGAACAGAACAGGGUAACAAUACAGUCUGUCAAACGUGUCACGUAUAGCUACGGCCCUACUGAGGGCCAUAAGCUCGAUGUCUAUACGCCCCCUGCCUCCUCCGAAUCAGCGUCGGCUCCGUCAUCGAAGCCGCCCAUACUCUUGUUUUUCCAUGGCGGUAGCUUCAUGCACGGCGCACGCAUCCAUCCGCACCAAGACCUUAUUCACGCUAACCUAGGAGCCUUCUUCGCUCUGAAAGGUAUCCUCACAGUCAUCGUCGACUACCGACUCGUUCCUUCCGUGUCCUUUCCCGGAGGCUCUGAAGACGUACAUGACGCCCUGACCUGGGUUUUUCAUCAUCUGAACGAUGUCGGCGACAUCGACCGCAUAUUUCUUCUGGGCCACUCUGCGGGCGGCGUACAUGUCGCCGGAUGUCUGCUCAGUCCUUCUAUCUACACUCGCACCGUCCCCAUUCGUGGAGUCAUUCUCCUUGGUGUUCCUUACGAGAUACCGUUCGCCAACAAGACUGCCGCUGGUCUUUGGGAGGCCGCGAAAGUCUACUACGGAGGUGCGAAGAAGGUGGCAUCUAAUCAACCUAUGGGAGUGCUCCGUCGAGCGGAUAACGAGUGGAUUGGGGCAUUACCACAUUUGCGCAACAUGGCGGCGGCUAGAGAGCCACGGUAUAUAUCUAGUGCUAUCAGGACGUUCGGGCAACUAUACGCCAGCAAAGGUGGCAUUGUGCAUACCAGUGUAAUGGACGGACAUGAUCAUCUUAGUCCGAUAUUCUCUCUUUGUUCAGGCCAAGGAGAAGAGUGGGGAACAGAUAUUGCAGAAUGGAUACGGGAUGUAAUGUGGUGA